GCGCAGCAUCUCUUGGUGGUUUCUCUCUGUGGCCAUGGGAACUGACUGCUGUGCUUUGGACCUGCAGAUCUUGGCUUGAUGGACUUGUUUUCUUUCUAGGUGUGAGCAGUGACCUAGAAAACCAGGGACAAAUCUGGGCGUGAGUUUCAUCGCCCAUUGAUGCUGUAAGGAACUCUGGGGCAAAGAGAGCCGUGAGACAGGGGCUUGGCCAGAAUCAUGCUGCCUGCUCAGCUGGGACCAAACACAAGGCAGCGCUGGCAGAAAGUGUUGUAUAAAAGGCAGCCCUUUCCUGAUAACUAUGUGGACCAGAGUUUCCUAGAGAAGCUACGCAAGAACAUCCAUGCCCGCAAGUACCAGUACUGGGCGGUGGUGUUUGAGUCUGGAGUGCUCAUACAGCAGCUGUGCAGCGUCUGCAUCUUUGUCGUCAUCUGGCGGUACAUGGAUGUGGGGCUGCUGGCUCCCCAGCGGUUAUUUGGCGCUGGCCUGGUGUCUUCCCUGAUUGGUUAUGUCCUUUUUGACGCGCUGGACUCGGGAAUGGGGAGAAACCAGAGCGGCCAGACGCGUUGGGCAGAUCUGAAAAACACGGUGGUGUUUGUGGCCUUCACCUACGGCUUCUCCCCAGUGUUGAAAACACUGACUGAGUCCAUCAGCACAGACACAAUUUAUGCCAUGUCUUCUCUAAUGCUCCUGGGACACCUGAUCUUCUAUGACUACGGCGCCAAUGCUGCCAUUGUGUCCAGCACUCUGUCCCUUAACAUGGCCAUCUUUGCCUCGGUCUGCUUGGCCUCGCGGUUGCCUCGCUCCCUGCACGCCUUCGUCAUGGUGACAUUCGCUAUCCAGAUCUUUGCUCUGUGGCCCAUGCUGCAAAAGAAGCUCAAAGCCCAGACUCCCCGCUGCUAUGUCGUCGCCACUUUGCUCUUUGCUCUGUCGGACUUGGUGGGCCUGCUGACCAUCUCCAGCGUUGGCAUGGUUCUCUUUGGCCUUCUUCUCGUCUCCAUCUCAUGCCUGUGUCCUUACUGCCUCAUCAAGCUGCAGCUCUUCAAAGACAACAUCCACGGGCCUUGGGAUGAAGCUGAAAUCAAGGAAGACCUCUCCAAGUUCCUCAUGUAAAGCAGGUGAGGCCCUAAGAAACGCAGCUGCUGAUGCCAAAAGAAAA